CAGAAUGCAGGUAAUACAUCAGGACAGCUGUAGUAUGCUAGCUUGCAAACAGAAAGCGUAACUAAGCUAGCUAGUGCUACUAAUUCAUUUUAACAUUAACGGCCCAGCCGUUGCAUUUAUUAAGCCCCUUUUCAUAUUCCAUUUUAACUAUUCAUAGCCUCAACCGGAGCAGACACAACGAGUGUAAGCAAACGUUGGUGGCAUAGAAAUGACUGUGGCAUAGUGAGAAAACUGGUCAGUCUGGCUGAUUGAGGUGUGGGGGGACACCACAAACCACGCCAGGAAUCUGACUUACAUAAUUCUCACUGCCCUCAGUAAAUAUCCUCAUCAUCUCCAUGUCUAUCCCUGGAUUGUAGCUACAAAUAUGGUAACGCUUCUCACAGAGCAGCUCCGCAAGCAGAGUUUGGAAGAGCCCUAUUAUAAGGCUUUCUCAUUCAAUGUGAAUGUGUCAUUACCUGCAGUGGGCUCCAGUCCCACUGUCUCAUGGGGUGCUUGUAGAUCAACACAAGAGACCAGCUCAGCUACACAGCCAUCAUCCAAAGCCAACCUUCUGCAUGAUUCCUGUGGACUAGACUCUCCAAGGCCUCCUUCCCACUCAGAAGAACUUCUCCAGAGACCGGAGGUUUCUUUUACAAACGAGGCUUUCCAAAGCUCACCUCCACCCCCACCUCCAAAACGCCACUGCCGGUCCCUCUCUGUUCCAGAAGACCUGUCUCGGUGUCGCUCUACCUGGCAUCCUAGUGCAUCUAGGGUUUGGACCACAGUCAAACGUGGCUGCCAAAGUGGAGGAGCAUCUAGUUCAAGCUCUGGAGCCAGUUCUUUGCCACUUUGUGGUCCUAGUUCCUCUUUGACCUCUUCCUCCCUCCACUCAUCUUCUAGCCCUACCUUCUUUAGCUUAGCUCUAUCCUCUGACUCCCCACUACCAUGGAGCUUCUCGUGGGACCCCUGUGACAAAUUGAAAGGAGCCUGUUCUGCCUCUUUUGCUACUCCUUCCUCUGGCUCCUCCUCACCAGCCCCCCUGCUUUCUCACUCAGUGCUGCAGCGCUGCUUCUCCCUCUCCCCUGUGCACAUUCAGGGUGCCUCCAUGGUGCAUCUGCCCCCCCCGACCUCCCCUGCUUCUGCUGUGACAUAUGGGUGUUCUGGCAUGGAACACCCAGCCCUGUCUCCAUCUCCCACUUCAGCCUGCAGCACGCCAUCCUCCUCUCGGCGCAACCUGCACCCAGCACUGCCGCGAUGCCACUCGCAGCCCUGCGACAUGCGCAAACCUCGCCUGAAGAGACGCCAUGAUCCCGAUGUUCGACCCUGCCCCAGACCAGGCAUUGACUUCAGCAAGAUGACACAGAUUGGUAAUCACGAGAGCCUAAUGUGUGGUAAAGGUGGCUGCAUAGUUCCAGUGUCUUCGCAGGCAGAGCAGCGCUCGGCCUUCUCCCCUGCCGAGUUCCUGGGACGAGCCAGCAUUGGGACACUAAGUGAAAGUGAAGAAGAGGAGCAAGAAGAUAAAAGAAAAAGGACUACAAUAGAUGAAGGGCAAAAGGUUAUUUUUGAAAGAGACUGCACAGAACUGGACUUGAACCUUAUAGAAGAAAACUGACCACUCCUUGAUGCUUGAAGUGCGACUACUGCAUUCAUAACCAUGUUAAGCACACUUUUAGGCUUUGUACGCUCUUCUGGCAGAGUCCUUGGGAACUUGCUGCCCUCCUAAGGCACAUAUCCAGAGUUCAUAAUCAAGAACCAGGCAAAUACAAGCUAAUAUCAAAUUACAGUUUUUAUGAUUGUAACAUUUGUGCUAUUUCGCUAUUCAACAUUUAACAAAAAAUGUUACGGUGCCUGCCAACUCAACACUCCAUAAGGAAAUGUGCAUGAGCAAACGAGCUAGUUUUAAUGCACACAGUUUUGGUUAUUUCAUAUUGAUAAACAAUUGGCGUUAACCAUUGGUAUGCAUCUUGAUAUCCUUUUCAAAUAACAUUGUAUACUGGAGUGAGCAGAAUUUGUUUUAAUAAUUCAUUUAAUUGAUUAUACAUUAAAAGCAAAUUGAUUUAAUGCAAAAGAGGUAAGUAUUCCUCAUUGCCCAAUCCGUACUAGUGUAGUCUACUUGUAUUUGGAUAUGACCGAAUGUGAGCUGUUAAAGGUGCACACUGGUCAAAAAUAAUUGAGCAGCCCAAGUAACAUAAGAAUACUGAUUCUUUUUUUUAUUUAUUUGUUUUGUAUAUGCUCUCAUGUAUGUUUAACUGGAUAAAUUCCAGGAUUUUACUGCUGUUGCAGAAAUCCCUCAAAGACCCGAAAGACGCGUCUACUGUUCUGUCAUUGAUUCCGCUUGUCAAUUUUUGAAAUCAUUCUACAUAAUCAAAUGGAAAUGUUCUUGUUAUAGCAGAAAAGACAGCUCCCCUUAGCCAUGUAUUCUUUUCUUUUUCUAGAAUUCUCAACCGCUUGAACAUAAACAAACCUUGUCAACAAUAAUACUGAUGAUACUGUAACCUGACCAUGCCUUAAGCUUAAAAUACAGAGUUCUUGGUGCUCUGGUCGUCUUUUCACAGCCAGACAUUUUUGCCCUCUCCAUUUGCGCUGUUUCCGAUAUUUUUGAACAGGUGGCACAUGCACUAUACUUUUUAAUUGAACAGUGGAAUUGAUGCUAAAACUGUACUCCAUGGGGCAAAAUGUAAUGCACUCUACAGUGGUUAGAGUGAGUACACAGUCAAACUAAUUCUGAGUGUAUGUGACAAAGGAGGUAAUGAUGCAGACUAUUUGAUGGCCUUUUCAGAAAUGACUUUUCAUGUGUUUUCAGAUGGAAUAGUCCUGUUGCACAAUUUAUGUACAAAUAAAGUUUAAUAGAGAAUAUUUUUUUUCCUCCAAAAAGUGUCAUGUUGUCUAUUCACAAAUGUACCCUGCUUGUAGUCCAAUAAAAGAGCACAUCAGGGGCCAAGAGAA